CCUUGUUGUGGCUGGGUCCUGUCGAUUUACACUAGUCUGCAGCUGCAGGGCAAUACUGCAAGACUGUUAUAGUUAUAAGCAUUUAUAGCCGUUACACCGCGAAUUUCUUCGCAGUCGUUCCAGUAUUCAGCAACAGCAAUGGAAGCGUUGAACUUCACAGAGACCGAUACAAUGGCCGCUGUUCCCUUCAUGGAGGAGUGCAAGCCAUCCUCUCUGUCCCUCCCCCCUAUUAGAAGAGUGGUGGACUCCACCAAGUUGACUGACUCCAUCAGCCAAUCAGAAUCCUUGCCUGGCUCUAUGGAAUGUUUAAGCUCCGCCUCUUCAGGUGGAUGCGUGAAGGCUGAACCUGUGAUCGACGGCACAGAUUACACAGGGGUGGAGCCAAAAGCAAGACUGAACAGAAGUGACGACAUAGAAGAGGGGACAGAGUGGAAGACUGCAUGUGGGAUGACCAAGGAGGAAAAAGACAGACUAUCCAACAUGAAGGAGGAGGAAGAGGAAAAGGAGGAAGGUGGGGAGAGGCAGAGUGUGAAAAUGGAGAGAGAUGAUGGUGUGAAAUACAGUGAGGGACUUGGGAGAGAGCAGGAAAAAGCGAGGGAUGAACAGCAGACGAACGGUGUAACUGAGCAAACCUGUCAAACUAACAGAUGUGAGAAGAAGGCAGGAAAAUCAGAAUGCGGUCAACAGGAAGGGGCGGGGCUCUCCACUCUGGUCACUGCCUGCCUGCUGGAACAGCCAAGAGUGCUGAUUUGCCGAAUUAAAAUCGCAGAUAUUUCGGUUUCUGUGUCGCCACCUCCUCCUCAUCCCAUGGCCAGUAAAGAAGACUGGGGAGUGAAAGUUCCACACACACUGGAGGGAAGUUGUUCACUGAGGCGGAAGGGCCAGGUCAUGACCCGGAAGAGAAAGAUGAUUGGUCAGUUGGAGAUACCUCAGAAACAACUGCCAGCUUCAUCAGAGAAUAGGUUAUGUGUUGAAGCUUCCCAUAAACCUCUUGUCAUCUCCCCCUGGAACCAAAACACAGAACAAACUUUUGAGGCGUCGGCUCAGGUCUUUACCUGUACCGAGUGCCCAUUUGUUCACACUGAAGAGCUGUAUCUUCACCAGCACAUUGAAAAGGUUCACCCAGAGGAGCUCAGAGCGACUCUGAAGGUGUCUGAAGGAAGUGGAGGCGAGAACCUUUCCAACAGCAGAACACAUCAGCACCCCAAACCCACUAAGACAGUCCCCACCCCAACACAGGCCCACACAGGCACUUCAGGGGCCCACAGGUGCUCCCAAUGUGGGAAGAGCUUCAAAUUCAAGUCACUGCUGACAAGACACCAGCGAGCUCACACAGGAGAAUGCCCGUACCAGUGUUCCCAAUGUGGGAAGAACUUCAAAACAAAAUCAGGAUUGACAAUCCAUGAGCGAAUCCAUACAGGGGAACGACCAUACCAGUGCUGCCAGUGUGGAAAGAACUUUAAAUCAAAAUCAGGGUUAAUAGUCCAUGAGCAAAUUCAUACUGGAGAGCGCCCGUACCACUGCUCCCAGUGUGGGAAGAACUUUGGGCGCCUAAAUUAUCUGAAGGAACAUGAGCGAACUCACACAGGGGAAUGCCCGUACCAGUGCUCUAAAUGUGGGAAAAACUUCAAAACAAAAUCAGGAUCGACUGUCCACCAGCGAAUCCAUUCAGAGGAACGACCAUACCACUGCACCCAGUGUGGAAAGAACUUCAAAUCAAAAUCAGUAUUGACAGAGCACCAGCAAACUCAUACAGGGGAACGCCCGUACCACUGCUCCCAGUGUGGGAGGACGUUCGGGCGCUUAAAUUGUCUGAAGGAACACCAGCGAACUCACACAGGGGAAUGCCCUUACCAGUGCUCCCAGUGUGGAAUGAACUUGAAAUCAAAAUCAGAUUUGAGAGUCCACCAGCGAAUCCAUACAGGAGAACGCCCGUACCACUGCUCCCAGUGUGGGAAAAAAUUCAUCCGCUCAUCACACCUAGUCAAACACCAGAGAAUCCAUACAGGGGAGCGACCAUACCACUGCUCCCAGUGUGGGAAGAGCUUUUGUGUCUCAAGUGGUCUGAUAAUACACCAGCGAACUCAUACAGGAGAGCGGCCAUACCACUGCUCCCAGUGUGGGAAGAGCUUUUGUGUCUCAAGUGGUCUGAUACUACACCAGCGAACUCAUACAGGAGAGCGGCCAUACCACUGCUCCCAGUGUGGGAAGAGCUUUGGGCAGUUAGCUUGUCUUAAGAUACACCAGCGAACUCAUACAGGGGAGCGUCCAUACCACUGCUCCCAGUGUGGAAAGAACUUUGGGCAGUUAGCUUGUCUUAAGGUACACCAGCGAAUUCAUACUGGGGAACGCCCAUACCAGUGCUCCCAGUGUGGGAAGAACUUCAUUCACUCAGCACACCUGAUCAAACACCAGCGAAUUCAUACGGGGGAGCUUCCAUACCACUGCUCCCAGUGUGGCAAAAACUUUGGGAAGUUAAAUUAUCUUAAGGUACACCAGCGAAAUCAUACAGGGGAGCGCCCGUACCAGUGCUCCCAGUGUGGGAAGAAUUUCAUCCGCUCAGCACACCUGGGCGUUCACCAGCGAAUCCAUACAGGGGAGCGUCCGUACCACUGCUCCCAGUGUGGGAAGAGCUUCAGGUGGUUAACAGGUUUUAAGGAACACCAGCGAACUCAUACAGGAGAGCGCCCGUACCACUGCUCCCAGUGUGGGAAGAAUUUUAUCCGCUCAGCACACCUGCGCAUACACCAGCGAACUCAUACAGGAGAACGCCCGUACCACUGCACCCAGUGUGGCAGGAAGUUUGGGCAGUUAAAUAGUCUUCAGGUACACCAGCGAACUCAUACAGGAGAACGCCCUUAUCAGUGCUCCUCAUGUGGAAAAAACUUCAAAUCGAAAUCAGGAUUGAUAGUCCACCAGCGAACUCAUACAGGUGAACGCCCAUACAGCUGCUCCCAGUGUGGGAAGAGUUUCAGGCAAUUUAAAACCCUGAAGAAACACCAGCAAGCUCAUACAAAGUAGCAUCCACACCAGUGAUCCCAGUCUGUGAUGCAUUUUAGUCAGCUACGUGUUUUCACACUGCAUUAGAGACUCACAAAGCGGAUCUUAUAGUGCUAUAAAAAAAUAAAAAAUUUGCCCCUGUUACGUCCCUCCGCCUCCCUCCGUUACAGGUAACUGAGAGCACCUGUGGCGGUGCCCUUUUAAGAAGCCUGGAGUCGGCUUCUCAAGAAGGGGGCUUUUUCUCCUCACCUCUCGACCACGGCCGGGCCUUGAUUUUAUCUUGUGUUUUACAGCUACUUUGGUGUCUCUUAUGUGUAGUAAAAUAAAGUUAUUGGUUAUUUUUGGGGAAACCUUGGUUUUGGCUUCAUUAUGUUUGCGGGUGCUGGAGAGCAACCGUAACAGCCCCCUUCCUGAUUUCCUCUUGUAUUGCAAAUUUAUCUCACUCAGUGUUGUUUUCGUCAACUGAAAUUAAGACUUGCUCUUUCUUCAACACCCAGUUUUUUGAUGAGAACGACGAAGACGAUAACGUGACGAAAAUGCCUUUUGGAAUGAUAACAAUGAUAAAUUCAUUUUUCAUUAUAAAUUAGUAAAAUAAAUAUUAUAUUUGCAUAUUCUCAGUGGGAGCAGGUGAACUAGGCCAAAAAUCGACCGUCUGAACACGGGGGCGCUUGUAUUCCUAUACUCACUGCGGCUUCAAAGCCCAGAUUCAGAUUCUCCAGUUCACGGCAGUGACCGUGAUUGCAGCACCGAACACAGAAAACGAAAAAGGGUUCGGUAAAGGAGCAUGCACGUUGACCGCAUGCAGUUCUGUGACUUGGACAGAUCGAUGGAUGUCCAUGCUUUCAAAGUUGCUUUAAUGCAUUUAAUGCUGCAAAAAAAGAACAGAAGAAAGUAGAGGCUUGUCGCAGUGUUUGGUAUAGUAGGUGGCAAAUGGUGCGUAAGCCAAGACAGGUGUAGUUUUUGCCACAUCACCAAUACUGGCACUUUGUAAUUGGAAUUUAAAAAUAAGUGAAAGUGCAUCUGCAGAGUUUUCGCAUUGACAUUAUUAAAUAAAUGUAAACGAAUUAUAUUCACGUUAUGCUUAAUACCAUUCGGUAUAACCAGUUCUGCUCAGCUGCCUGUAGGUGAGUUAUAAAAUAAUUUGCAAUGCGAAGCUGCACAUUUUUUCAGCAUUAUUUAAAUUUGUGGAUACAUGUACUCUUCGUUCUCUGCUCUGACACUUGGGAGAAUAUUCACUGCAAAG